AUGUCUUUAUGCUUUUGCGGCUCAUCCACAAAGAACUUGGUGCCAGACUGGAGCAAAGGAGCUGCUGCUGCUCCGACUCAUCACUUUCUUGGUCGUCCAGCAGUCGUUUUAGAAUUGGUAGCUUCAAAUCGCGAAAAAAGCAAUACGCUCUUGAAUCCAGGAGAGAAGCCCAAUAUUGCUUUAGUAGCAAGAACAUAUGGCGUUAAUGCUUCACAGCUUUCAAAACGUUUUCGUGGAGUUUCGGGCACAAAACAAGCACAAUACAACAAUCAACGAUUACUAAACGUCGAACAAUCGAGAAUGCUUCUACAAUACGUCAAUCAACUCACCGAGAAUGGCCUUCCAUCUACUCCUACGAUGCUUGCCAACUUUGCAAGGGAUAUAACUGGUAAAGAGCCUGGGAAAAACUGGGUUACGCGCUGGGUAAAGGCCCAUGGGAAAGAGGUCAUUUCUCGCCAUUCUUCGGGCCUCGAUUCGGAUAGAAAGAAGGCAGAUUCGGCAUGGAGAUACACGUUAUAUUUUGAGCUUAUUGGCCGGAAAAUUGAGUAG